GAUUAUAUUUUUCAUUAUGUAUAAAACACAAAAUACGAUCGAAUAAGUGUGUAUAAAUAGUGCUAAAUUAAAAAGUGUCAAUUAUAAAAAACAGAGGUAGUAUUCAAGUUUUAAAUUUUCUCCGUAAAAAUUAGAAAGUACAGUACAAUUCAAAAUUUAUAAAUCUCUCGUCCUUGAAUGUCAAAAUCAAUUGGACACACUUUUCAAAAAAAAAAAAAAAAAAAAAAACUUUUAUAAAAAAAAGUUGGGGCCCAACAAAUCUCUCUAUAAUACUUGGUGAGUAUUAUAAAAUGAGACACCAAUUGCAAAUUUUGCAAUAACAAAGCGUCAACCUUACCACUACCGCUUGAGUACAUCACCUCAAUCUCUCUCUUCAAAUCAAAGUUAUAAUUUAUUAUUUUUUAUAAAUAAAAACUGUGACUUUUAUCCUUAUUCAACUCCAUUAACAAUGGGGUUACCUUCUGAACGUCCAUCAAUGGCGACCGCUUUAAAAUGGUUAGGUUUCGUAACGGCCGUUUGGGUGCAAGCCAUUUCUGGCAACAAUUACACCUUUUCUAACUACUCUGACGCCGUUAAAACUUUGAUGAAUUUGACCCAACUUCAAUUAAACAAUUUAUCUGUUGCUAAAGAUGUUGGUAAAGCUUUUGGGCUUGUUGCUGGGCUUGCCUCUGAUACUUUCCCAACUUGGCUUCUUCUUCUCAUUGGUUCUCUUGAGGGUGUUCUUGGUUAUGGCGCUCAAUGGCUUGUUGUUAGCAAGACCAUUUCACCCCUUCCUUAUUGGGCUAUGUGUAUAUUUAUGUGUAUGGGAGGAAACAGCACAACAUGGAUGAACACAGCCAUAUUAGUUACAUGUAUCCGAAAUUUCAGGAAAAAUAGGGGACCUGUUUCUGGGAUCCUAAAGGGUUAUGUGGGUUUAAGCACUGCUAUAUUCACUGAUGUCUGUAGUGCACUCUUUGCUGAUAGUCCUGCUAAGUUCCUCAUGAUGCUUACGGUUAUUCCUCUUGUGGUCUGUUUAACCGCUAUGGUCUUCCUCCGGGAGGUUCCUCCAUCGACCACUGAGUCGGACAUAUCAGAAGAAUCUAAGUAUUUCAAUAUGUUCAAUAUUGUGGCUGUUACUGUUGCAGUUUACCUCUUAGCUCAUGAUUUUGUUGGUUCACAAGGGCAUAUUUUCGAUGUAACCUUUUCUGUCGUUCUAGUAGCAUUGCUUGCUUUUCCGUUGGUAAUACCAGCUUAUAUUGCACUUAAAAUAUGGCUGGAUUCAAAAGCUAAGGAUGAUGUUGAGGACCCGAGUACAGAGCCCUUACUAGCCCCGGAUGCUGUGCCUGUAUCACAGCCAAUUCAAGGAGGGGAUGUUGUGGCCGAGGAAGUAAUUGGGGAGGCUAAGCAAUUACAGCCUGUCCUAGGUGAAGAGCACACUAUUGUUGAGGCACUGAAGACGGUUGAUUUUUGGGUUUUGUUUGUAUCCUUCUUGUGUGGAGUUGGACCUGGUAUGGCUGUGAUGAACAAUAUGGGCCAAAUGGGUUCUUCUCUUGGCUACUCGGAUGUGUCAAUCUUUGUGUCUCUACUUAGCAUUAUGGGAUUUUUUGGUAGGAUCAUCUCCGGAACAGUUUCCGAAUACUGUAUCAAGAAAGCCGCUACUCCUAGACCGCUUUUCAAUGCAGCCUCUCAAAUCUUGCUAGCCGUUGGAUAUGUGAUUAUGGCAAUGGCAGUCCCCUGGAGCCUAUACUUUGGAGCAGUCAUAGUAGGUUUGUGUUAUGGUGUCCGUCUUGCAAUCACCGUCCCAACUGCCUCAGAACUAUUCGGCCUCAAAUACUAUGGUCUCAUAUACAACAUUCUUAUAUUGAACUUGCCACUUGGCUCAUUCCUUUUCUCGGGACUUCUUGCUGGUUUGCUCUAUGAUGCGGAGGCUACCAUCACUCCUAGUGGAGGGAACGAGUGCUACGGGGCCCACUGUUAUAGACUUUGCUACUUGGUCAUGGGUGUUGCUUGCCUUAUUGGUUGUGCCUUGGAUGUGUUGAUGGCUUCUAGAACCAAGGUCCUUUACAAAACGAUUGCUGCUAGCAAAAGGUCGAAAUCUGUGGUGAAAGGAAAAUGAGCUGAGCUCUUAAUUGUUGGAAGGGCAAUGGAACAACAUGUGGUUCUGAUUCUGGGGUUGUCAUCUGUGAAGCGGAUGUUCAGUGUUACUUGUCGAAAAAUAAAUCAGUACAUUCUACGUCCCAAAACACAGUUUUGACAACUUCAUAUUGCGUUAGCAAAGAGGGAAUUAAGAGGGUUGGGAACUUGGGAUCUGUAACAAUUAUCUUUUCUCCCAUCACCCUCAGAGGAAAAACAAAGGUAGGAGUAUUUUAAUCUGGUGUAUGCUUAGAAGCAGCAGUUUUUCAUUCUUGGCUAGUUUGAACCUUAGUUAAGAUUAUUUUACGUCACGUGUUAUAUGUUGUAAGUUGGGUGCUUCCUCUACUUGCACAAACCUUAUUUAUUCUUGUAACACUGAACUCAAUUAUAAUAGCAUAUAAGAGUUCUUUUGAUAA